AUGAUGACAAGUAUUGGUCUAUUAUUUGAUCUUAAUCAAUUAAAUGAAGAACAACAAAAGAAAUUUCAGAUUGUUUAUGAUGAAUUAAAACCAAAGUUUACAUCUUAUUUAGACUACAAACUUAAUUUACCAUUGAAAACGCCAUUGAAUAGAGAAGAAGAAGAAAAUGAAUGGCAUUAUGAAUUACAUAGAUUUCUUCGAGCUAGAAAAUGGAAUGUAGAACAUACAAUUAAAUCACUUCAUGAGUUUUUGCAAUGGCGAAUAGAUAAUCAAGUUGACUCGAUUUUAGAAGAUGAAGUCGUAAUACAACGAACGGAACUUCUACGAAAAAUUCUUCCAAACGUCAAUCAUGGUUAUACGAAAGAUGAUCGACCAUUGUAUAUAGAAAAAUCCGGUAUUAUAUAUGUCGAUAAAAUAUUAAGUGAAUUUACAACAGAACAACUACUUCAAUGUCAUAUCUAUUCGCUUGAACUGAAUUGUCAACGAGCAAAAGAACGUAGUCGACAAAUAGGUAAACAUGUGGAAAGUUUUACAAUCGUUUCAGAUUUACAAGGUUGUAAUAUGAAUAUUAGAAAAAUCUUUGCUCCAUAUAAACAAUCACUUUAUGUUGAUAAUAAUUAUUAUCCAGAACGACUUGGACAAAUGAUUUUUAUCAAUCCGCCAUCAGUUUUUCCUGUUCUUUGGAGUAUAGUCAAACAUUGGCUUGAUCCAGUAACUAAAACCAAAAUUAUUGUUGUGAAAAAAGGUCCCGAAGCUAUAAAUACAUUAUUACAAUAUAUUGAUUCUGAUCAAUUACCAAUUGAAUAUGGUGGAAGUUGUCAGUCAUGUCCAAAUGCUCCGAAUUGUAUUUCAGUGUAUGAUUGGAGUAAAGACUGUAUCAGUGAGAAUUCAGAGAAAAAAUGA